AUGUCUUGCCGAACGUGCUUGGUACUGGUGGCUUUGGCCUUGACGGCCUUGACCAGUGCAGAGGACGCAACUGGUCAUUCCCCUGAGCUGACUGAGUUGCCAGAUGAGAGGGGCUUGCCAGACACUCCAGGGCCAUACAAAGAAGCGCCAAGUGACGCUGAUGCCGAAAAGCCUGCGCAUGCCAUGCCAGCUUGGAGGUCCAAGGUUCCUAAUGCCACCCAGGGUAGCCUUGGCAGCUUGGUGUCUUUGAAAGCUUGGCAGGACUAUCAGUUCUGCAACGUUCACAAGACAGGUUUCUUCUGCGAUGGCACCACUCGCAUUCGCUGCUGCAAGUUGGAGGAUGGCUAUGCCAAAUGCGGUUCAACUGCAAACUCAGGCACUUGUGCAGCCGAGAAGGCUGACUUAUCCAAGCUGAAAAGCCUUGGGUUCUAUAAAACAAGACAGGCUAGCAGCUUUUGCCAGAGACAGCUUCACGUCGGCACCUAUUGCUACAAGCACCGCUACGUCUACUGCUGCAACUAUGGAGCGGGAGUUGUAGAAUGCCAACCUCAACACCAGAGCGGCCGCUGGUGCAUGGAUGUGUCUGCGGGCUACCUUUGGCUGAUCAUCGCUGUGGGACCUGUUGCUCUGACCAUUGAUCUGAUCAAGGCUGGACAAGGAGCAGUUGGAAGCACAAGCUGCAGGUUGCUUCUUUAUGUCGACUCUUCCUUGUGCUUUGGCCAGAUUAGGCAGUCUUUCCGACUUUCUGGCUGCAAGUUGAACAGUGGCCCAGAGUACGCCCUCCAUGCCUACAUCAAGGCAGGUUGGCAGCUUCACAGCAGGGAGAGAUUGUUUCGGUGA